AUGUAUGGAGCUGAUGAAGACCACAUGGAAGUGGCCCAGGAGGACGAGGGCGACGACGAGAUUGUACAGGAGGACUCGUGGAACGUUAUUACAGCUUUUUUCGAUGACAAAGGACUUGUGCGUCAGCAGCUUGACUCCUUCAACGAGUUCGUCAAUGUAACAAUUCAGGAAAUUAUCGAUGAGACACCUGAGAUAGUUAUCAAGCCUGAAUCUCAGCACCUGCCGGGGGUUGAAGCUCAUGAGGAAAAGGAGUACAUCAUCAAAUUUGGUCAAGUGUACCUCAGCAGGCCUCAGAUCACAGAGCAGGACGGCGAGUCGGUGGUCCUGUUCCCCAAGGAGGCCCGCCUCCGUAACCUGACAUACUGCGCCCCGCUCUAUGUGGAUGUCACGAAGACCGAGUACACGCGGCAGGCUGACGACACGGUGGAGGAGAAGCAGGAGACUCUGUCCCAUGUGCACUUGGGCAAGGUUCCCAUCAUGCUCAAGUCGGAGCGCUGCAAUCUUCACGAGGCGGCUACGGAGCAGGAGGCCACCAACCUGGGCGAGUGCCCCUACGACCAGGGUGGUUACUUCGUCAUCAACGGCAGCGAGAAGGUGCUCAUCGCGCAGGAGCGCAUGGCCAACAACCACGUGUAUGUGUUUAAGAAAAGUCAGCCGAGCAAAUAUACCUUUUGCGCGGAGAUCAGGUCGGUGGUUGAGGGCUCCACCCGUUCCGCGUCCUCCAUGUCGAUCAUGAUGUUGGCCAAGGGCAAGAAGGCCGGCGCUGCGGGCGUCAUACGCGCGCAGAUACCCUACAUCAGAGCAGAGUUCCCCAUUUUCAUCCUGUUCCGGGCACUGGGCUUUGUGUCCGAUCGGGACAUUUUGGAGCACAUUGUGUACGACCUGGAUUCAGAUCCGGCCAUGCUGGAGGCCCUAAGGGCUAGCGUGGAGGAAGCGCAGGAGGUGCAGACUCAGGAGGAGGCGCUCAACUACCUGGGCAAACGUGGAACUGUCACCGGCGCCAGCAAGGCCGAUCGCAUCCAGUACGCCCGCAACCUGCUAAUCAAGGAGCUGCUGCCGCACCUGGGCACUGAGGAGUUCAUGGAGACACGGAAGGGCUACUUUGUGGGUUAUAUGGUGCACAGGCUGAUGCUUGUGGCCCUGGGCCGGCGCCCCGAGGACGACCGUGACCACUACGCCAACAAGCGGCUGGACCUGGGUGGGCCCCUUAUGGCCGGGUUGUUUCGGUUGCUUUUCCGCAAGCUUUGCAAGGAGCUGCGCAUGCAUGCGCAGAGGAUGGUUGACGCCGGCAAGGAGAUUAACGUGCUGUCCGCGAUUAACGAGAAGAUCAUCACCCGUGGCCUCAAGUACUCGCUGGCCACUGGCAACUGGGGCGAGCAGGGCAAGCAGGGAAUCAGGGCAGGUGUGAGUCAGGUGCUCGCCCGUCUGACUUAUGCCUCCACGCUCAGCCAUCUCCGCCGCGUCAACUCGCCCAUUGGUCGCGAGGGCAAGCUGGCCAAGCCUCGGCAGCUGCACAACAGCCUCUGGGGCAUGUUCUGUCCCGCGGAGACGCCCGAGGGCCAGGCGGUGGGGCUGGUCAAGAACAUGGCGCUCAUGUGCUACAUCACCGUGGGUACGCCCUCCCUGCCCGUGGUGGCGCAUCUGGAGGAGUUCAACACGGAGGCUCUGGACGAGGUGACACCAGCAGACAUUGCGGCCGCCACCAAGGUGUUCAUCAACGGUGUGUGGCUGGGCAUCCAACGUGACCCCACAGCGCUCAUCAAGAACCUGAGGGCUAUGCGUCGCCAGGUGGCAUUCAGUACGGAGGUGUCCAUCAUCUACGAUGGUCCUCUGAAGGAGCUGCGCAUCUUCACCGACUACGGCCGCACCUCCCGGCCGCUCUAUAUUGUGGAGGACAACCGGCUGCUGGUUACCAAGAACCACAUCCGCCGCCUUAUCUCACCGCUGCCUGACGAGGAGGAGUACGCCUGGCCGCAGCUGGUGCAGGACGGCCUUGUAGAGUAUAUUGACGCGGAAGAGGAGGAGACGACUAUGAUAGCCAUGACCAUCGCCGACCUGCGUAACGCCCGCGAGGCGGGCUCCGCCACCGGCACCACCUACACGCAUUGCGAGAUUCACCCCGCCAUGAUCCUGGGUGUCUGCGCCUCCAUCAUCCCCUUCCCCGACCAUAACCAGUCGCCCCGCAACACCUAUCAGAGCGCCAUGGGCAAGCAGGCCAUGGGGAUGUACGCCACGAACUACCAGACGCGCAUGGACACGCAGGGUUUCGUGCUUUACUACCCCCAGAAGCCGCUGGUGUGCACCCGCGCCAUGGACUACCUCAAGUUCCGGGAGUUGCCUGCAGGCAUCAACGCCAUCGUGGCCAUCAUGUGCUACAGUGGCUACAACCAGGAAGACUCCCUCAUGCUGAAUGGGUCGUCUAUUGACCGGGGCUUCCAUCGCUCCAUCUUUUACCGCGCGUACAAGGAGGAGGAGAAGAAGGCCGGCAGCCUCUCCAGGGAGGAGAUUGAGGCGCCAGACCCGGUGGUUACGGCCAAGAUGAAGCACGGCACGUACGACAAGCUGGACGCGGACGGGCUCUGCCCACCUGGCACCCGCGUGUCCGGGGAGGACAUCAUUUGCGGCAAGACCGUCACGCUGCCGGAUGAUCCCACGGGGGCGGUGCAGCGCUUCACCAAAAAAGACGCCUCACUGGCGCUGAGGGGGCACGAGGCGGGAGUCAUUGACCAAGUGAUGUUGACGACCAACGACGAGGGUCAAAAGUUCGUCAAGAUUCGCGUGCGGACCAUCUGCAUCCCGCAGGUUGGCGACAAGUUCGCCUCCCGUCACGGCCAGAAGGGCACCUGCGGCAUUACCUACACCAUGGAGGACAUGCCCUUCUCCGCGGAGGGCAUUGUGCCGGACAUCAUCGUCAACCCGCACGCCAUUCCCUCCCGCAUGACCAUCGGACAUUUGGUGGAGGCGCUCAUGAGCAAGGUGGCUGCGCUGAUGGGCAGCGAGGGUGACGCCACGCCCUUCACCAAGGUGACUGUGGACAACGUGUCCCAGAUGCUUCACGACCUGGGCUACCAACGCCGUGGCUGGGAGGUCAUGUACAACGGCCACACGGGUCGGCAGCUGCGCGCACAGAUUUUCCUCAACCCCACGUACUACCAGCGCCUGAAGCACAUGGUGGACUUCAAGAUCCACUCUCGAGGCCGAGGCCCGGUGCAGGUGCUUACCAGGCAGCCGGCGGAGGGUCGUGCCAGGGACGGUGGACUCAGGUUCGGGGAGAUGGAGCGCGACUGUAUUAUCUCCCACGGCGCGGCGGCCUUCCUCAAGGAGCGCCUGUUUGACCAGAGCGACGCCUACCGGGUGCACGUGUGCGAGCGGUCGGGGCUCAUCGCGGUGGCCAAUCUCAAAAAGCAGCAGUUCACGUCCACCAUCUACAAGGACGGCUCGAACAUCUACCAGGCGAGUUACCGGCGUAAUCCCCGCUGGGCAGCGGGCGGUGGAUACAAGAGAAUGUGGAACAAAGAUGUGUACGUCCCCUAUGCCUGCAAGCUUCUGUUCCAGGAGCUCAUGGCCAUGUGUAUUGCGCCCCGCAUGCAGUUUGAGCGUGACCCACCGCCGCCCACGUAG